ACUCUUACCUAAAUCUAGCAUAUAUUAGCUGUAAAACUUUGAAUUUAUUGUAUUGGAUCAAUUUUUUAACCAAUUCCACAGUAUAAUAUCUUUCAUUAAGUAAAAGCGCGUUCUAAAUAAUAUAAUAGUUGAUUUUACAUAAUUAUCAAUGUAAAAGUAACGUUUGCGAGCAAUCAUUACCGUUAAUUACCUUAGUAAUUACCGUCAUUCGCUGAUAUCGAUUUUUAUAUUGUUUAGCGCCCAAAAAAAAAUCGAUUGUACCCGAUGUCAAAGUUUGUCUUCACUAAAUUCACUAAAUGUUUACUUUUUAUUAGCUUAUCAUUAAUUUGAGCAUAACAAACUGUAACAAAGGAUGAUUGCACCGGAUGAUUUCACGAAUUUUAGCUCAGACGGUCGUUUGUUGCAAGUUGAAUACGCUGCAUUAGCUGUUAAUGCUGGAGCGCCAUCACUAGGCAUAGUUGGAGAAGAUUUCGUGGUAAUUGCGGCCGAUAAUUCGCAUAACUCUUUACUUUAUGAUGAGCAGGGAGUACAUAAAGUCGAACCAAUUACCGAACAUAUUGGUAUGGUGUAUUCUGGUUACAAACCAGAUUAUAAUCCAAUUUUAAAAUUUGCUCGCAAAGCCGCACAGGAGUACCUCUUAAAUACGGGGGAACCAAUUUCAGUGAUUGAGCUAGUAAAAAAAAUCGGAAGAUUGAUGCAGGAGUACACUCAAUCCGCUAGACUACGCCCCUUUGGUGUAUCUCUUUUAAUUUGUGGCUGGUACGAAAAUCGCCCUUAUUUAUUUCAAUGUAAUCCACCAGGUCAAUAUUUAAACUUAGCUUCGGCUGCAGUGGGUGUUGAUCAUGAUAAAAUAUUAAAGAAUAUGAACAAGAACUGGUUGAAUACGGAAGAGAGAUGUUGCCAAUUUAGCUUAGCACAAUUAAAAGCGGUAAAGGGCGAUUUAACUCGCAGUAACGUCGAAAUAGGGUUGUACAACAAAAGAGGCUUUAGGCGGCUUCCAUCCACUGAAAAGUUUUUAACAGAUUAACCGUACAAAGCAAUUUGUUGUUGUUUUCUAUUGGAUUGCAAAAUGUGUUAGCGCUUAUAUUAUUUCCAUAUGUACAUAAAAUACAUUCUUACGAAGUAACUUUAUUGUCAAAAUAAUUAUAUGUAUAAACAAUGUAUAAUCUAAUUAAAAUAAAAAGCACACAAAAUUAAACCUCCAUUAACCAGGAAAAACGAUUAUAUGUACAGAAUAUCCUGGAUAAUCGAGGUUAUUGAUUUUGACUUUGUUUAGUGAAAUAGAAUACGAA